AUGGCUUGCAUCCGUAGCAUGAACGACUUUCAUAAGAAAAUGGAUGCAGCCGAGGGUAAGGUGGUGGUCUUGGACCUUUACGCCACCUGGUACGGGCCCUGCAAAGACAUGGACAAAAGCGUCAAGUCCAUGGCCCGCAAGUACUCCACAAAGGCGAUGGUCAUCAAGAGUAAUGUGGACAAAUUCUUAGAUCUGGUGGAUCAAUACAAGAUCAAGAGCAUGCCCACAUUUAUCUUCCUACGGGGCACGACGCGCCUUGCCCGCUUCAGAGGCGCCGAUGAGCACAAUCUGAUUAAAACUAUUAAAAAGCUGACCAAGUAA